CUGGAAACAGAGAUCCAGCUGGUGUCAGAGGCAUAUGAAAACCUCGCCAAGUCCUCCUCCAAGAGGGAGGCCCUGGAGAAAACCAUGAGGAACAAGCUGGAGCUGGAGGUGCGCCGGCUGCACGACUUCAACAGGGACCUCCGAGAGCGCAUGGAGACAGCCAAUAAGCAGCUCGCUGCUAAGGAGUGUGAGGGAUCAGAGGACAACCGCAAAACCAUCUCCCAGCUGCUUACACAGAACAAAGAGACGCUCCGUGAGAAGGAGAAGCUGGAGAUGGAGCUGAAUGCGCUGCGCUCCACCACAGAGGACCAGAGGAGACACAUCGAGAUCAGGGACCAGGCGCUCAACAACGCCCAGGCCAAAGUGGUCAAGCUGGAGGAGGAG